UAAGAUAAUAUAAGAUGUUGACGUUAAAAAUAUAUUGUUAACAUUGUGAUCUUAACUACUUGUGGUUUUAGUACUACGAUGUUAAACAUUUCGAAACAAACAAACGUUUUACUCAUCUUGCAUGAAUGUUAGCUAUGCAAAAAUUUGGAAAAUCCGUGUUUAUUUCAUCAAUCGUAUAAUAUUGUCCAUAUUGUGAUAUGGAUUUGGCUUCCACUACUACUGUUGAAGAAGGUCGUGGUUUUCGUACAAGGCGAAAACUAUCCGAUUUCUCCUGUUGUCCCGUUUGUGGAAUUACCUUGCGAACUCCUGAGCUGGAAUCUCAUUAUGUGUUAGAAAUGGAAAAAUUGAAUAAACUUAGCACUUGCAGGACAAGAAAAGCCUCAUUAGGAUCCAGUUCUAAUGAAAAUGGGUCUACAAGUGCUAACACGGUAGAAAAUUCAUGGGAUACAUUCCAGAAAAUUAAAAGCAAUAGACAAAGCCGAUUGAAGGCUAAUACUCGAAAAAGAAAGGCCGAUGGUACACUUUGUCCUGUGUGCAAUGAGCGUACCAAUGAUGACAUAUCAGUCCAUGUUGAACUUUGUCUUAGGAAGAAUUCCGAUUCCCCUGACGAUGAAAAUAUCGAUGUCGAAGGUGACGGCGAGAGUUUUGAAGAGUACGAGUGGGCAGGCCAGCAACGAAUAAGAGCUUCUAGCUUACUCGUAGGAGGUUACCAGAGUGCUGGUGUUGGCACUUCAAUAUCAAAGUGUCACGCAAGUAGCGAAGAUGAGGAUCUUAUUGUAGACGGAGAUGAUUCUUCCACUUUUGGACCCCCUCAAUAUUCUGAAAGUGAUGUGGUAGUGCCAACUGUAGACAGUCAACAAGAAGCUAAAGAACUUCAAGCACUUCGCGGUGCUUUAUUGGAAAACAUUGCAGGCAAACCUCCUACAGAGGCGGUUGUAGUAGUUAAUAAAAAUAUUACUGGCUCUCUUUCCUCUGAAAUUCCUUCUACUGUAAGUAAAAAUCCUACAAUGGAUGCAUUGCAAGCUAAAAUUCGAGAGCUUGAAGUGAAAAUUUCAGAUCGAGAGUCUGGUGAACAAUAUAAGUGCUUAAUAUGUAUGGAUUCAUAUAAAAAUGCUGUAGUCUCAGUGUGCUGUUGGCAUGUUCAUUGUGAGGAAUGCUGGCUGCAUACAUUGGGAGCAAAGAAAUUAUGUCCCCAAUGUAAUAUGAUUACUAGCCCCCUGGACCUUCGCAGAAUUUAUUUAUAAACUUUAUAGUGAAUGGACACAUGGCCUGCGUAAAACAUAUUCAAUUCAUAAUUUUGGAUAAAUGUUAAAUAAUUGUUUUUCUAUAAAUGUAACUAUCUAAUACUAUAAAUAUUUCAUCAAUAGAGAAAGAACUCGUUAACAAUUGAUUUAUUAGGCUUUAUAUCCGUUUGAUAUUUAAGAACGUUUUAUUGUGAAGUUAUUACAUUUAAAGGAAGAUGAAA